UUGUGAAUAAUAAUGAAUUGACACUCGUAAAAAAACGGAUUCUGUUUACGUGGAUAUUGUACAGCUUCGAAAAAAAGUUUUCCCAUAGCAAGGGAAGUUCGAAACUUUAAAUUUGAUUACCAAAACAAUUUGAGAUAAAUAAAAAGAAAACUUUAGCAAAUUCUCUAGAGAAAACAUCCGUAGAAAAAUGUUCACUUUAUACAGAAGUUUAGAAACUGAUUUUUUUAUAUAUUAAUUCAGAAGAGUCAAUAUUUUUAAUUGUACAGAGUAGUGAAAAUUUUCCAGCUUUUAAGCACAAAUAUCGAUGAUAAUGUCGAGUAAUUUAAUAUAUUGUUAACAUAUCGAUUUGAAACAUUGGAGGACAAAGGAAAAUCAAGUACGUUGUCAGAGUCGUGAAAACGCAUUUCUCGGUUACCCAACAGAUUGUGUAAAGGAGUCGACAUGGAGAGGGACACCCUCCAACGCCGACGCGCAACCUUGCGUCCUUUUUACCCACAAAUAUGCGCGAAUUCAACACAUUUCGUUUGUGACAUCAAAUAUAACAUGUAGGUGCCGAGGGCUUUUGUCUAAUCAAAGAAAAACAGAUUUCAACGUCCACUUCGUAAUGUACAACAUUGUAAACCCCUUCGACGAUGGACUUAAGCGCUUGCACGAAUUGGCUGUGCACCAAACGGCAACAGAACGGUGUACAGACAACCCCCCAGGACUACCAAAGCGUAGUCACUUCGGGCCCCGGACCAAGUCCCGUGAGUUCCACUUCUUGCGAUGACGUCGUACCACCGUCGAAGAAUUGCUUUAGGUUAGUUAUGUUAGGAUCGGCUAGAGUUGGUAAAACAUGUUUGGUGGCAAGGUUUUUGGGGGGAAAAUUCCAAGAAUGUUAUACACCAACAAUCGAAGAUUUCCACAGGAAACUUUAUAGGAUUAGAGGAGAGAUUUAUCAGUUGGAUAUACUGGAUACAUCGGGGAAUCAUCCAUUUCCAGCGAUGAGGAGAUUAUCGUUUUUAACAGGCGAUUUGUUCGUGAUUGUUUUCAGUAUGGACAGCCGGGAAACUUUCGAAGAAGCAAUAAGAUUAAGGGAACAAAUACUCGAAACUAAGUUGAAUGCGGGGGCUUCUUCCACUGGGGUGGGCUUGACGAGAAAAAAGACGAUGCCUCGAGUGCCUAUGGUUCUAGCAGGAAACAAAUGCGAUAAAGAAAUGAGGACCGUAACGGUAGAAGAAGCGCAAGCAUUCUGCGACAGUCAAGAUUCAAAUUGUGCCUUUGUAGAAACAUCGGCCAAAAAGAAUUUCAAAGUAGACGAAGUAUUUUACCAAUUAUUUCUAGUAGCCAACUUGCCAUUAGAGAUGGCGCCGAAUCACCAUAAACGAGUUAGCGCCAGUUUCGGAUCACCUUGUCCCCUACCGCCGUCUGCACCGAGUCAUCAUAGCAAGAAAUACCAUUUAUCGGUGAAGAGACGAUUAAGCGAUGCUUGCGGAGUGGUAACUCCUAACGUUCGAAGACCCAGCAUCAGAACUGAUUUGAUGAUAAUGAGGACUAAGACUUGUAGUUUGGGGGAUAAUCCCGGUACUUCAAAUAAUUCCCCAAUCAGGUGGAGAAAAGUUGAUAAUGGGUGUAGUUUACAGUGAAAUUUUCUGGUGUUUGGUCUUUAUUGAUUAUUAGUCCUUCAAAUUUCAACUACCAUUUUUAUAUUUAUACCUUGAAGUACCAUAUUUCAAACAAAAAGUGUUAAAUUUCUUUUCAAAAGAGGCAAAAGCUAAAGGCUAAUGACCAUUUCUGAACAUUAUUGAAAACAGAAAUCAAAAAUAAACUUCUUUCUAUAAGAAAAAAAUCUCUUUCAAUACAAUGGAUUACAACUCAAUGAAAACAAUGAUCAAAUUGAACUUCAAAUUAUUUUCAUAGCCACUAUAUUCUCCAGAUUCGACCUCUAUCAACUAUUAAUUGUUUCGAAACUAGAAGAAUAAAUACUACAAAAAAAUAUUAGCCUGUUUUUAAACCACCUAAAUUGGGUUGUAAAACCAGAGACGAAAGGAAUUUAAAUCAUUUAUUUUGAAAUACUUGUGAAUAGAAACAAGGAUAUUUGAAGGACUAAUUAUCAAUAUGAAACUAUUCUAUGUUAUAUUUCUAAGUAUUUCUAUCUCCUUUGAAAUAACCAAAACACAAAACUCGAAACAUUUUAUAAUCAAAUUGAGCAUCAAAAUGUUGUUUUAGGAGCAGAAUGUUUUUUGAGUUGAUUUCUGUGAUAUAAAUUUUCUGAUUUUUUACUUUUACGUAUUCGAUUUUCCUCUUUUUAUUGGUGGAAAAAGGAUAAUUAAUUUCGUAAAUUAACAAAAAUUGAAUAUCAACUGUAUCUCUUGAACCUAAUUUUAUGAUAUAUUUUUCUGUGUAUAUUAUAUGAAGAUCGCUCUGUAUAUAAUGUUUUGUGUUCCUGCUUUGAAUGUACUUAUAAAAACUAUUCAAUACACGUAUCUUUCUCAUAUCAAAUACUCGUACUCAUCUUAAAAUCUGUAUUUUAUUUUUUUUUAUUUACAAAAUAAAAUUUUGGACCAAAUUUUGGUAGAAUGUUUAUGUAUAUAUGUGCAAAAUGCGAAUAAGCAAAAGAAUUUUUUAAAAGUUUAGCAUUCAAGGACAAUAUUUCUUUGCAAUAAUGUUUGACAAUUUAAUAAACAUUAUUUUUAAUGUUUAGAAGUUAAGAUAUUGAAAUGAAUGUAUAAGACAAAAAUGUUGAAAUAAAAUGUUCUGAAAUUUA